AUGCUGAGGUCGAAACCGAGUUUGAGUCACUUCUUGGCUCCGUCGAGACCGGGUACGAGCCAGAGGCCGCAUACGCAGCAUACGACGAGUGACGUGUCUGCUCAUCAUGAGAGGACGCUCAUUCGUGUUCCGAGUCGCGCGUCGAGUUUGCACAGUCGAAUUACACAGCCUGUUCACCAUCCUAUUCCCUCUUCUGUGAGAAUGAGUGCUGCGAGUGGUAGCCCGAGCCGUACCCUGUGCCACGCUUACGGUGUUUUUGGAUUACCCAAAGAACCUUCUUCCUGGCAAAAAUCACCCCUUACCACAACCGACAAGAAAAUCCCUCACCUUAAAGGCGCCAUCAACUGCUACUGGUCCCCCGAAGUUCUCGGCUCACUUCCUCGCGUCGAGCAGGAUUCCGAUGUCGCCAGGUCGCUAUACGCGGCUAUGCGCGCUUCGUUCCCGCAUGAUGUCGAGAUUGUCGUUGGACCUAAGCAGCCUGUCUGUACGAGUCAUAUGUUUGUUAUUCAGCAGGAUGCGGAGAGUACGCUCUAUGGUACCAGCUUGAGGAUUUGGAGUCGUGCGGAUAGUUCUCGUGCGAGGGCUGAUACGCUCGAGGAGGUUAGGCAGAGGGUUGGGAGUUCUGCUGGUGGCGACGAGGAAACUGGUGCGGCUGAUGUUUUCUGGGUGCCGUACUCGCUGUGCUUCCUGUCCAAGUAUCCUAUCUUCUCGUUGUUGACGGAUUACUUGAAGGCGAUGUUCAUUCAUUGGUCUCGCACGACCAAUCUUUUCAGUGCCGAGGAGGUGUCGAGGAUUUUGUCGUUUGCGGCGCCGAGGUUGAACGAUGUCCUUCGAAUCGAUAUGAAGGAUUACAGCUUGGUCUACCAGUUUCCCAGUUCACCAUCUGGGUUUCAGAAUUUCCCUAUGUGGCCGCUGUUUAGCUGUCUCUCUAUCCCUAACAUCGCGGGAAUCUUCGAGGCUGCAUUGUCACCAGGCGGACGCAUUGUCUUCGUGAGUCAGCAUACCGGGAUGUUGACCAUCGCGUCGGAGACGAUCAGGUUCUUGUGCCGCGUUUACCAGUGGAGCGGACUUUAUAUUCCUGUCUGUCACGCUAGCACGAUCGCUUCCGUGGUGAACGAGGCCGGACCAUAUAUGUUGGGCCUCACGUCUGAGAGCAGGAGCUUGAUUCAGGCGCCGAGUGAUGCGUAUGUCGUUGACCUCGACAGAAACUUGGUUCAAACGCAGGCGGGUCCUGCACAGGUCUUUUCACCGCGCCAGAAGCAGAAGUUAGUUGACCGCUUGACUGCCGCUCUUGUCGGAGAGGUGUCGAUUACUGGUGUUCCGGAGUUCUUGAGGGAGGCGUUCCUCGGUGGGAAGCUCACGCCUAUGGGACAGGUGCUUGUACUCAGGGGCAAGGAGGUGGAGACUGUAAGGGAUCCGGAGUGGUUCGAUCAGGCUGCUAUCAUGAACGUCGUUGACCAUUUUUGUCUCAAGCCGGGCAAGAGGACAGGUCUCGCUGCUGUCUUUGCCGGAAGCAAUGCGCAGCCGAAGGUGUUGACCACCAAAAUCAGUGUGCGUGAGUUAAACGAGUUGCACCGUGAGAGGAACGCGUAUGCUCGUGAAGUGAGCGAUGUUUGGACUCACCACGUCCACGUCAAGGGCCGUCUCGAGACCGAAGUUAACAAAGUCACCAAGCGUAACGAGAAGCUGACGAUGGACUUGGACGCGGUGAAGAAGCAGUUCGAGACGUUCGAGAAGUUGGCACAGGGGUUGGCUCAUGAUGCCGUGGAGAUGAAGACUAGGAUCGAGCAGCACAAGCGCGAGAACUCGCGUUUGAUGGAGCAUUUGGCGAGGCAUAAACAGGAUGCGGGGAUGAUGCAGGCGCGCUUAAUUGGGACGGAGAAAGAGAAGGAUGAGGCAUGGGCUAAGGUCUCGGCGAUUGAGCAUGACCGUGAGAUGAUCCGUUCUGAGCUCCGUUACAUGGUUGGGAAGACGCAGGCGAUCGCUAAGCAGAGGAAUGAUGCGCAGAAGGUGUGUAUUCAUCUGAGGAGUCUUAUUGAUCAGCAGUCUUUGGAGGUGGAUAAGAUUAUGUCUGGAUUGGGUGAUGGUGCGAGUCAGAUUAUGGACCAGGAUAUUGCUGAUCGUGCUGAGGAGAAGGAGAAUGAGGAGAACCAUGAUAUUCGUCGUGAUAGCGGUGUUGUUAGGAGUCCUACCCCAGCCACGCCUACAGUGAUUAUCCGCCCUCGUAUCGAGUCUACACCUAUGGAGAAGCGUGGUUCUGUGUCCAGCAUCAUGGACAUUGCCGACAAGGAGUUGGCUGCUAAGACGACCGCCAUCGCAGACCUCAUCCAAAACAUCAAGAACCAAUGCGAGGUUGCGGUCAACUCUUUGCACUUCGAAGACAACGAUGCUCCUGGCGUGGAGGACGAUGGAAGACGCACUCCCACGGAUACCAACCGUGGAGGACGUACGGAGGUGACCACACCAAGCUUGUACAGGUCAACGGACUACUCCCCGUCGAGGUUGAGCCAGCACAACAGGCAACACAGUGACUCACUUGAGUCAUCGGACACGUUCCCGGACCUUGGGUUGCCAGCUGAGGCCAUGGCUUACCACCCGGGUUCGCCUGCCUAUCAGGCUCAUGUGCACAAGGGGCAGGCAACGCACAACAUCGACGAUGCAAUGACUCGGGAGGUUGCGUAA